AUAAGGUAAAUAAGUUUCUUUCGGGAUGGAUUAUGGAUAAGCUAACGGUGGCCUUAGCACUUAGUAGUUGUGGGGAGGGAGGGAGUGGGGGAAACCAAAAGAAAGGAAGAUUGAGAAUGGCAAGCUCAGCUUCGCUGUGGAGCUCUUUCCUAGGGUGUGGCCAAUACCUUUCGGCAUCAGUGGCAACCAGGCCAAAUCCAACUCCAGCUCCAAGUUUUGUGAAGAUCGAAGCCAAUGUCAGAACUAGACGUGAAGACAGGAUUGCUCGCCAUGUCCGCAUCAGAAAGAAGGUUGAAGGAACUCCAGAGAGGCCAAGGUUGUGCGUAUUCCGAUCCAACAAGCAUCUUUAUGUCCAGGUGAUUGAUGACUCAAAGAUGCACACGCUGGCUUCAGCUUCAACAAUGCAGAAACCUGUCUCUGAGGAGUUUGACUUUAGUUCUGGUCCUACCAUUGAAGUAGCUAAGAAGGUGGGUGAAGUCAUAGCAAAGUCCUGUUUAGAGAAAGGGAUAACUAAAGUGGCCUUUGAUCGGGGUGGAUACCUAUAUCAUGGUCGUAUACAAGCUCUUGCUGAUGCAGCUCGGGAGCAUGGUCUUCAAUUUUAAGAUUUAAUUGAAAGAACCAGGUUGAACAAGCUGAAUAGCAGGACAAACACCAGAGGAUACCCAAUUCUUCGUGGGGUUUGCAUGUUGCUGGGAAUCACCACUGGCUUGAACAAUUCUGCUUUGGCGAUGAGGAAAGUGGUUGGCAAGUAGGGCGAUUGUUAUUGCUUUAUGUGUUUAAGGCAAGCUUGUUACUGCCUUGCUUGCACAAACAAGGCAAUAAUUUAAGUAUUAUUACAGACAAAAAUGUCGAUCUUAUCAAGCAAAAUUACAAUUUAUGCUGUUGGAAAAAGCAAGGGACUGUAUAUGGCUCCUUGCCUAAGUACAUCUUAAUUGUUGAGCAGCAAGGUUCUGACAUUGGGAUUGUUGGAAUUGUUGAAUUCUUUCAGAUAAAUAAGGACAACUCAAAUGCUAUUAGGAGAGCUGCAAAAAACUAUAAUCCUUGGCGGCAAGGUUAGGAUUACAAGAAACAAAAAUUAAGAUGUAUUUGUGGCUUAUUCAGGUAACUCUUUGUUGUUGAAAUGUCCAAAGCUUUUGAGUUCCUCUUUUUGGAAUGUCGUUGUUGUCCCUUUUUCCCCACUUGAGUGAUGGAGGAUCUAACGGUCUAAAGUCUAACUACAGCAUCCCAUACCCUUGUUAUGUCAGCUACAGCAAGAGAAGCAAUGUCCCUUCCAGAUUUGUGCAUAAAUGAAAAGCAUUCAUUCAGAUAACCGAAAGGAGAUUAACUUUCUCUCUAGGGUUUCUCGUUUCUUCUGAGACAAAGGUCUUUUUUUUUUCUGCCUAUUUUAGAGGUCAUCCUCUGCCCAUUCAGGUGGGGAAUGGCCCUCCAUGCCCUGCCUGGAAGUGGAUGUCUUUCCCUUCCUUCGGGUGGAGUUGUACAUAGGUUUUGGGUUGAAUUGCUUGUACGUUCGUUGUUCAUGGAUAAGGAUUCUUAUAACCUGCGAUAGU